AUGUUCAACGAUCAUGAUCAUGUUCCACCAACAUCAUCACAGUCGGAUUCUGGCUUUUUUGAACAAGAAAUGAAGAAAUCUCCUCGACUAAGCCUUCGUGAGCGCCUACGGCACUUCACCUGGGCGUGGUAUACCUUGACGAUGAGUACCGGUGGACUGGCUCUUCUGAUUGCUAGUCAGCCGUAUACCUUCAAUGGCAUGAAGGGCAUCGGGAUGGUCGUUUAUAUCCUCAAUCUUCUGUUAUUCGCUCUUGUCUGUUCUUUGAUGGUGCUGAGAUUCGUUUUGCAUGGCGGUUUCCUUGACAGCUUGCGCCACCCUCGCGAGGGUCUCUUCUUCCCUACCUUCUGGCUAUCCAUUGCAACGAUCAUCACUGGCUUGCAUCGUUACUUCGGCUCCGACGACCUAGAGUCGUACCUCAUCGCACUCGAAGUCCUCUUCUGGGUCUACUGUAGUUGCACCCUCGCCACAGCUGUGAUCCAGUACUCAUUCCUCUUUGCCGCCCACUCCUACGGCCUGCAGACAAUGAUGCCAUCAUGGAUCCUACCAGCCUUCCCCAUCAUGCUCAGCGGAACCAUCGCCUCGGUCAUCAGCGAAUCCCAGCCCGCGCGAUCCGCGAUCCCCAUCAUCACUGCCGGCGUUACCUUCCAGGGCCUCGGCUUCUCAAUCAGCUUCAUAAUGUACGCCCACUACAUCGGCCGACUCAUGCAGUCAGGGCUUCCCUGCCGCGAACACAGACCAGCCAUGUUCAUUUGCGUGGGGCCUCCGUCUUUCACCGCGUUGGCGCUAGUAGGGAUGGCCAAGGGCCUGCCCGACGAAUUCAAGAUAAUCAAAGACGCACACGUCGAGGACGCCCGGAUCCUCGAGCUGAUGGCUAUUAUCGUCGGCGUGUUCCUGUGGGCCCUGAGUCUCUGGUUCUUCUUCAUUGCCUUUGUUGCUGUCGUCCGGUGCCGGCCCACUGCGUUCCACCUUAGCUGGUGGGCCAUGGUCUUCCCCAACACUGGGUUCACGCUGGCCACUAUUACCCUGGGGAGGGCAUUGGGGAGCCCUGGCGUCUUGGGCGUCGGCUCGGCCAUGUCGGUCGGUGUUGUCUGCAUGUGGGUCUUCGUUUUCGUCUACCACAUUCGUGCUGUCAUCAGGCAAGACAUCAUGUACCCGGGCAAAGACGAGGAUGUGCUAGAUUAA